CCAGUGGGCAGCGCGCGCACAGACGCAUGCGGAUCUGUCUUGUCAAUUCACUGUAACCUUCCGACUCCGCUGCCCUUAAAAACUUUUUAGCUCUCAUUUUGUACAUUUAAAAGCUAUUAAUGCGUGGUUUUUCUCCUCCUUCCUCCCGUGUGAGCUUGUCACGGACACAUUUUCCACGUAGCAGAGAAAGAAGCAGUGGCUGAAGACAGUAAAAUUCAUGGUUAUGGACGGAGAGACUUGUUGAAUGUGGUGGUGACAGCGGUGAUACAGUGAGGUCCAUGCAGGAGGGAUUGGGCUGACCUUAACGCCUGUUGCUACCGCUGUGUACGUGUGAGACACUCACUAGUCACUGCCUGAAGCAGUAAUCGGACAACUCUCUUUCUCACCAGGACCGGGGUCUCCUGAGAUACCGCGCGGGGCUCCAUGGGUUCCAACACCUAAAAUGAAAAAGAAAAAAGUAGUCUUGUAGUUUACAUUUAUUGUGCUACAGAUUCUACCAGCACCUGAAGAAGUCAGCAAAAAAGUUUGCUGUCCGUGCUGCUGGACUGAACGAUCUCUCUGUAGAAGGUUUUUUUUUUUUUAAAUAAGAAGAUAUAAGAAGGGAUAAACACACAAGGAUUCAACCAUAAUUGUAGUCUAUGGAAAUGCAGGAUCUAGCCAGUCCUCACAGCCGAGUAAGUGGAAGCAGUGAAUCUCCUAAUGGUCCCAACCUCGACAACUCCCACAUCAAUAACAAUUCCAUGACACCCAAUGGCACUGAAGGUGAUAACAUCACAAUGCUUACCACUGCAGACUGGUUGUUAGGUUCUAACUCACAGUCUGCUGCAGUUAAAACCGAGCCAAUGAGCAGCAGCGAAAUCGCCACCUCCGUAGCAGACACCUCUCUAGACAGCUUCUCAGGAUCAGCUAUUGGAACGAGUGGCUUCAGCCCAAGACAAACUCACCAGUUCUCUCCACAGAUUUACCCUUCCAACAGAACAUAUCCGCAUAUUCUUCCUACCCCUUCAUCCCAAAAUAUGGCUGCGUAUGGGCAGACGCAGUACACCACAGGAAUGCAGCAGGCCGCAGCUUAUGCUAGCUACCCCCAGCCUGGCCAGCCCUAUGGCAUCCCAGCUUAUGGUCCAUUGUGGGCAGGCAUAAAGACGGAGGGGGGUCUGACCCAGUCCCAAUCCCCGGGACAGACAGGCUUCCUCAGCUACAGCUCGGGCUUCACCACGCCGCAGACAGGACAGGCCCCCUACAGUUACCAGAUGCAGGGUGGUACUUUCACAACAACGUCAGGAUUGUACGCAGGAAACAACUCACUGACAAACUCCACCGGCUUCAACAGCACACAACAGGACUACGCCAGUUAUCCAGCCUUUGGCCAGGGCCAGUACGCUCAGUAUUACAACAGCUCACCCUACACUUCGCCCUACAUGACAAGUAACAACACCAGCCCCAGCACGCCCUCCACCACCACCACCUACACCCUCCAGGAGCCACCCACUGGCAUCACCAGCCAGGCCCUCACAGAGAACCCUGCAGCAGAGUACAGUACCAUCCACAGUCCAUCAACCCCCAUUAAAGAUUCAGAUUCAGAUCGAUUGCGCCGGGCCUCGGAUGGAAAGUCACGUGGCCGGGGAAGAAGGAACAACAACCCAUCACCGCCGCCUGACUCCGACCUUGAGCGAGUUUUCAUCUGGGACCUGGAUGAAACAAUCAUCGUUUUCCAUUCCUUGCUUACGGGUUCUUAUGCCAACAGAUAUGGACGGGAUCCUCCGACAUCUGUAUCAUUAGGCCUGAGGAUGGAAGAAAUGAUCUUCAACCUGGCCGACACACACCUAUUCUUUAACGACUUGGAGGAAUGUGAUCAGGUACAUAUCGACGAUGUGUCCUCCGAUGAUAACGGCCAGGAUCUGAGUACGUAUAACUUCGGCGCUGAUGGUUUCCACGCAGCAGCGACCAGUGCCAAUCUAUGUCUGGCCACAGGCGUGCGGGGAGGUGUGGACUGGAUGAGAAAACUGGCCUUCCGCUACAGACGAGUAAAAGAAAUCUACACCACCUACAAAAAUAACGUCGGAGGUCUGCUGGGCCCAGCCAAAAGGGAAGCCUGGUUGCAAUUGCGAGCAGAAAUUGAAGCCUUGACGGACUCCUGGUUAACACUGGCACUGAAAGCACUAACAUUAAUCCACUCAAGGUCAAACUGUGUGAAUAUCCUGGUGACCACCACGCAGCUCAUCCCAGCCCUGGCUAAGGUCCUGCUCUACGGCUUGGGGAUAGUCUUUCCUAUCGAGAAUAUUUAUAGUGCAACCAAAAUAGGGAAGGAGAGCUGCUUUGAGAGAGUAAUUCAAAGGUUCGGGAGGAAAGUUGUUUACAUUGUCGUUGGAGAUGGUGUGGAAGAGGAGCAAGGCUCAAAAAAGCACAACAUGCCCUUCUGGAGGAUCUCCAGCCAUUCAGACCUCAUGGCCCUCCACCACGCUCUAGACCUGGAGUACUUGUAGCACUACACCACCAUCGUACACCCUGCUCCGCCUCAGCACACCCUGCAACCUUUCACCUUCGCCCUCCAGCCCCGUCCCACGCUUGCCGCAGAGCCUGCAGCUCAGAAAAGACCCCCCUACGCUGCCUGGCGUCUGUCUUCCACUACACAGGAAGAAAAGAAGAGGAGAAUGGAGGAAGAAAAAAAAGGGGCCGAGCGCACGGUUAAUGUGCUGACAUACGGUCACACUUCGUCUUAACCCUAAACUUUUUUUUUUUUUUUUGUUUUUUUUUUUCCUCUGGAAGCGAAGGAGAGAGGUGAAUUUACGGCGCUGCAGCUGCUUGCCCUGGUUACUGUGAAUUGGCCGCUUUCUGAAGCUGUCAAAGUGUUUUACGGCCCCCUGUUUGUGCCGGGACUCUGUCAGGGUUCACACCUGUGAGGAGAGCAGAGCUACUGAUGGCCUCGCCCACCUCGCCUUGCCUCACCUUGCCACAGAACUCAGCUACAGCAAACCACAGGCCCACGACUACUGGUGGUGACAUUUCUCCGUCCCUCUAGCUCUCCACCUCCCGCCUCUUCCUGUUCCUUAUCUGUCUACCUACUUUUUAGUCUCUCUUCCGUCAUGGGACAGACAGACAAAGCGACUGCUCCUCUGUUAACCGCCGGCCUGGGAGUCCUGUGCUUGUUAUUUAUGAACGGAGACUUUGUGAGUGGCGCCGUGCCACAGAGAAGGUACCUCGACGACAAAAGACUCGUGCCUUUUACAAAGUACUAUUGAUUUCCACCACAGCGAGAGGAAGACGUUUAGGGAAGAAACAAAAAAAAAUGGGGUUUUCUAAUAAUUUAAGAAAAUUACAAAAAACUUUAUUUACAAUGCUGAGACAAUCGUGUAUAGAGGAAAUCUUUUUUGUGUGUGUAAGUUUGUAAUCACUGGACUAUUCCUUCCUAUAUUCAUUUAGGUACGUGCUCUUGAAAGGUGGCAAUGCUUUUUCAUUGAAGUAAAAGAUUAAAUAAAUAAAUAAAUAAAAGGCAUCCCAUCGCACACGUGCUUGUGCGACGCCUGAAAGUGUUGAUGUGUUCAAGUUUUGUUCAGUAAACAAAUAUGUAGAUAAUGGGAUUUUGUGAUAAAUCGUUUUGUCAAGACCAAAAGCAUGGAUGUCAAGUGUCAAUGACCUUUCAUUUGAUUCUGUGAUGUUUCUCGUCCCUAACAGGAAACUUCAGUCACACCUUUAUACAGCUUAACAGGUCUCCUCUACUGCAAGUCCUUUUUAGACUCAUGUUUUAAAAGGAAAGACAUUUUCUUUUUUUAGUUAUUCAGAAAGGUAGCUCAAAACUUGUGUCCUCACGGCAUUUCACCAGCUUGCAGCCCCGACCCCAGAUAGUUUUUCGGUUUUGGCGUGGAAGUGAGAAACCUUCCUGCCUCUUGAGAGCCAUUUUAACAACAAAUUUGAAGAAUUUAAAGAAAAAAGCAGGCUUGAAUAGGUUUUAUUAUCUUUUAUACAAGCGCUAUAACAACUCUUGUACAGCGAGCGUAAUUUUGUAUGAUGUAGUGUUUUUAUUUCGACUUUGAGAAAUACAUUCUGUGUCCCUCUUUGAAAUGGUUGAAAGUCACGAAGCCCUUUUUUCAUGAGGCUUCGACAUCUGUGGACGGGGAAAACCGUAAUUAACGUUGAGAGAAAAGCCACUAACUUCGAGGGGUUUGUGAACAUACAGGACAUGUGCUAUCGACUGUGAAUUUCUUAAACAGAAACCCAUUCGUUGUGUUUCUAAUUUUUUCCCUCCUUUGCACAUGAUCACUGUUGGCCUUUACAUUUCAAUUUGGAUCCCUCUCUUCCCCCGAACACACCCAUCUUCUCAAAAUAACUUCUUCCCCCACACUCUGGGGGUAUCUACAUAUUGCUGCUAGAUCAAGGUAAUGGUAGGUAACUAGAGGAAAUGUUUUAUAGAUUCAUACAGCACGCUUUUUUUUAUUAUGUUGCAAUCAUAAAUGCAAACUGGAAAUACUUUACACUACAUGGGCCUCAUUGUGAAACGCAAAAGAUUGUUGUGUCUGCAAAAUAUGUGUACAGAUGUUUUUGACAUUAUUAUUUGAUUGUGUUUAAAUUAAUAAAAACUGAUUUGUGAACUGU